CCUCGGCUGCACUGCAGUACAGCAAUCAUAUUUUUUCUCAAAGAGAGAGAAAACCCACGGAGAGAGAGAGAGAGAGAAAAAGCGGUUGAAAAUUCAGCAAAAUGUCUCUGCUUUCAGAUCUCAUCAACCUAAACCUCUCAGAAUCCACCGAUAAGAUCAUUGCUGAAUAUGUUUGGAUCGGCGGCUCUGGUAUGGACCUUAGAAGCAAAGCAAGGACGCUUGCUGGACCUGUUAGCGAUCCCUCGAAGCUUCCUAAGUGGAACUAUGACGGGUCAAGCACGGGCCAAGCUCCCGGGGAGGACAGUGAAGUGAUCCUAUAUCCGCAAGCAAUUUUCAGAGAUCCAUUCAGGAGGGGAAAUAACAUUUUGGUCAUGUGCGAUGCUUACACUCCAGCCGGUGAAGCCAUCCCCACGAACAACAGACACAGAGCGGCCAAGAUUUUCAGCCACCCUGAUGUUGCUGCCGAAGAGCCAUGGUACGGUAUCGAGCAAGAGUACACUCUGUUGAAAAAGGAUGUUAAGUGGCCUCUUGGCUGGCCGACUGGAGGCUUUCCCGGACCUCAGGGCCCGUACUACUGUGGGAUUGGAGCGGACAAAGCUUUCGGACGUGAUAUUGUUGACGCACACUACAAGGCAUGCCUUUAUGCCGGAGUCAACAUAAGCGGCAUCAAUGGGGAAGUGAUGCCUGGCCAGUGGGAAUUUCAAGUUGGACCUUCUGUUGGCAUCUCGGCUGGUGAUGAGGUGUGGAUAGCUCGUUACAUAUUGGAGAGGAUUACUGAAAUUGCCGGGGUCGUAGUAUCAUUUGACCCGAAACCUAUUGAGGGCGAUUGGAACGGAGCUGGUGCCCACACCAACUACAGUACCAAAUCCAUGAGGAAGGAGGGAGGCUACGAGAUCAUCAAGAAGGCCAUUGAAAAGCUUGGACACAGGCACAAGGAGCACAUUGCCGCCUACGGCGAGGGCAACGAGCGUCGUCUCACUGGAAAACAUGAGACUGCCAACAUCAACACCUUCAAAUGGGGGGUUGCAAACCGUGGUGCUUCCGUACGUGUUGGGCGAGACACUGAGAAAGAAGGAAAGGGUUACUUUGAAGACAGGAGGCCAGCUUCUAACAUGGACCCGUACGUCGUCACUUCCAUGAUCGCUGAGACCACCAUCCUCUGGAAGCCGUGAGCAGGUUUCGUUGUGCGUUCUUACUAUUGAACCCGUGAUUCUGUCAAGGGGGUUGUAAUUUUUAGUUUAGUCGAACGGUUUGAUUUUGAUUUGUUGGGGGAAAUCUCUGCAUUGUUUGCUAUUUGCUCGGUUUUCACUAUCUUGACAACCUCAGCGUUUCAGGCUGCCGAGGUUGAGUUUCUUAUUUACCCUUCUUGAUUGGGCCUGUUGAAUAACGAUGUCAGUAAUAAUGUGGAAGGGUUUAUUUUCCGGGAAUUUACACGACUGCUGCUCAGUGCCUCCUGUGUUCU